UCCUCCUCCUCUCCCUUCUGUCUGCUCUCUCUCCCACCGUCUUUGUUCCAAUAAUGUCUCUAAUGGCUUCUUUGCUUCUGUUCCUAACUCCUCGAUUUGAAAAAGGCUAAUAUAUGAUCUUCCUCUUGCUGAAUCUUUAUACUUCGACUCCUCUCUUCUCGGUUUUAUGACUUUUUAUUCAGGUUUUGCCCAUUUUCUCAUAAAAUAACAAAAUCCAGCGUCCAAGCUUAUCUAAAUUGCGAUCAGAAGAGAGAAUCGGUGAAGAAGUACGACAAAAAUCGAUUUUUUCCCUUAUUAAUGGCCACGGAGGCAACGGAGGAGGAGAUAGAGGAGCUCUCUGCUCGGAUACAGCGCUGUCCUCGUGAUUUUUUGAAGCGUUUUGGAGGGAAUCGCUGCCAUGAUGAGCUAGCAGUUGUGGCAGCGAGAGAGGAGGUAGAAGAGAUCGAGCUUAGCCUUGGGUUGUCUUUGGGCGGUUGCUUUAGAGUGGAGCCCAAGGAGAGGAGGCUUCUUCGAUCGUCGUCGGUCGCCACCCUGUCAAUGUUCCCGUUGGAGAAUGACCUCUCGGCGGUUUCUCCCCUCCAGAGGACGUGCUCUCUGCCAACAGAGACCGAGGAGGAGCAUAGGAAGAGGAAGGAGCUGCAAAGCUUGAAAAGAUUGGAGGCAAAGAGGAAGAGAUCAGAGAAGAAGAACUUGUUGAAGUUGGCAGCGGCGAGAGAUGAGAGGGAUGAGAACUUUAAUGAGAGAGUGAAUGGUGGGCAUGGUAGGGUGCUGCCGAUGGUGGUGCAGACUGAGGUCAGUGGCUGCCAUGAUGUUCCUGCAAGCAACCAAGUUAGAGGCUUGAUGCAUGGAGCUUCAUCUUAUGGACUGCCCAAAUCGGCAGCCGCGUCGGGUGCUGGUGCUCGGCCGAUAGAUGCCGGUGGAGCAUCUCAGGGUUCCAUUGGAUUGCAGGGGAGUAGCUCGUCCGGCGUGUCGGACUUCAAGAGCCAGUCGGUGCCAGUCGGUACACCCACGACCACCCUGUCAUUACCUGAGAAUACCAAUCAUAAAGCAGCAACUAGCCCUGCGACAGUGGCGGUUGGGAAGCCUGCUAUCUCUGCUAGAAAGGAAGAAGAAUCCUCGAAGAAGGCUUCAGCAAGACCGAACGGAGCGGCGAGAGAGAUGGAGAGGAACAUGAUGGAAGAGAUGCCAUGCGUGUCGACGACGGGGGAUGGUCCAAAUGGGAGGAGGAUUGAAGGGUUCCUCUACAGAUACAGGAAAGGAGAGGAGGUGAGGAUUGUGUGCGUGUGCCAUGGCAGCUUCCUCACUCCCGCAGAGUUUGUUCGGCAUGCCGGGGGUGGGGAUGUAGCUCACCCUCUCAGGCACAUUGUUGUCAACCCAACCCCAUCAGCCUUCUUGUAAUGGUGGUCACCCUUAAGUCUUAGUUACCCAGGACCAUGGCAGAGAAGCCUUGUUCCAACCUUUUGGGGACUAUAAAGAUCAAAUCCCCAAGAGGGGAACUUAGAGAAUGAGAAAAGUUAGUUUUACUGUUUUUUCCUGAUGAUGCUGAACUUUAGCUUCAUUUUCUUACCCGACUGCAUGGUGUCUUUUGUUUUGAUAAUAUGCAAGCAGAAAAUUUUCACUUGUUA